AUGACUGUAAGCGGUGUGACAGGUGGUGUUCGUGGUAUUGGUGCAGGUAUUGUCCGAGGUUUUGCCCAGGCAGGCGCAUCUAAAAUCGCCAUGAUUGAUCUUCGCGACGAACUCGGUGCGGAGGCUGCCAAAACCUUGUCAGAGGAAUUUCCAUCCACGACAUUCAAAUACUACCGGCUAGAUAUCAGCAACUAUGACGACGUUCAAGCCGUAUAUGAUGCUAUAGAGCAGGAUUUCGGCCCCAUCCAUGUUCAGGUGAGCUGCGCUGGUAUCGCAGAAUACAUGCCUGCUCUGGAACAGACGCCCGAGAGCUGGCACAAGGUGAUGCGUGUCAACUUGGAUGGUACCUUUUACACAGCCCAGGCUGCAGCACGACGGAUGGUCAAGCACAAGACCAGUGGAUCAAUCAUCCUCAUUGGCUCUAUUUCGGCACAUGCGAUUAACCGACCAGACGCACAGCCGGGCAUGACCCAUUACUGCACAUCCAAGGGCGCAGUGGUGCAUAUGGCCAAGGCGCUUGGUGUGGAGUGGGCACAGUACAACAUCCGAGUCAACAGCUUGUCGCCCGGCAACAUCGUCACGCCUAUUGCUCCGUCGGACAAGAAGAGUCUGGAGUAUUUUGCCUAUGCAACACCCAUGGGACGUAUGGCGUCCACUGCCGAGAUUGCACGGCCUGCAGUUUACCUUGCCUCAGAUGCUAGCUCUUUCCAGACCUGUACCGAUGUUCUUAUUGCUUGUCACAAGUGUGGUGUCCAGCCUCUUUAA